CAGUUGGAACAUCAUCUUGAGAUUUAGACCUUCAUCAGGCUCGGACGUGCUAGGACCUGAAAGGCUGCAACACCAACCCGCUUCAACCCUCUCAACCUCGACACUAACCGCCAGCAGCCAUGGGCUCAAUACCCGACAGCAUCACGGUCGACGAUGUCGAGAUCGUCGGCUUCGAGGUGACCGACCUGCGGUUCCCGACCAGCCUGGACGGCGUCGGCUCGGACGCCAUGCACGUCGGCACCAACGGCUCGCAUCCGUACGUGCGCCUGCUGACCAACCGGCCGGGGCUCGUGGGCGAGGGCAUCGCCUUCAGCAACGGCCGCGGCAGCGAGCUGAUCUGCCUCGCGCUCGACAUCUUCGCCCGGCGCGUGGUGCACAAGACCAUGGCCCAGCUGACGCGCAACAUGGGCAAGACGUGGCGCUACAUGGUCUCGGACUCGCAGUACCGCUGGGUCGGCCCGGAGAAGUCCGUCACCCACCUCGCCGUCGCCGGCGUGCUCAACGCCGUGUGGGACCUGUGGGGCAAGAUCGUGCGCAAGCCCGUCUGGCGCAUCGUGUGCGACAUGAGCCCCGAGGAGGUGGUCCGGUGUAUUGACUUCCGCUACAUCACCGAUGUCAUCACCCCGGAGGAGGCGCUGGAGAUGUUGCAGAGGACCCAGAAAGGCAAGGACGAGAGGUUGCAGGAGGCACUGGAGAAUAAGGCCGUUCCGGCGUACACAACCAGUCCGGGAUGGCUCGCCUUCAGCGGGGAUAAGAUGAAGGAGGUGCUGCAGGAGACGAUUGCGCAGGGGUUUACCGUCUUCAAGUUCAAGGUUGGGACCAGCCUUGAGGCGGAUAGGGCGAGACUGAAGGCUGUGCGGGACGUUCUGGGGUAUGAUAAUGGGUAUCAGAUCAUGAUCGAUGCCAACCAGGUCUGGAGUGUGCCAGAAGCGAUCGACUACAUGAAGCAGCUGGUUGAGUUCAAGCCUGUUUUCAUCGAAGAACCCACCAAUCCUGACGACGUCCUCGGCCACGCAGCCAUCCGCAAAGCCCUGAAGCCCUACGGUGUCGGCGUGGCAACCGGCGAAGCCGCCCAGAACCGCGUGACUUUCAAGCAGCUCCUGCAGGCGGAGGCCACCGACGUGGCGCAGAUCGACGCGGUCCGCCUCGGCAGCGUCAACGAGUGCCUGGCCGUGAUGCUCAUGGCGCUCAAGUUCAACGUGCCCUGCGUGCCGCACAACGGCGCCAUGGGCCUGACCGAGCUGACGUCGCACCUGAGCCUGAUCGACUACAUCGCCGUCAGCGGCAAGCGCUCCAUGCUCGAGUUCGCCGACAGCCACCGCGAGAAUCUCCGGCACCCGUCGCAGAUUGUCGACGCCCACUACGUCACCCCGCUCGAGCCGGGCUAUUCGAUCGGGUAUACCGACGAGGCGCUGGAGAAGUACACGUACCCGACCGGGAGCUUCUGGCGGAGUGAUAUCGGCCAGCAGAUCAUUGCGCAGCCGACGGGUGGCGAGCUGUGAUUGUCUCUUUGGGGUUAGUCUUUGGAACUAAAGCGAGGACACGCUGUUGUCACCGCAAGGAAGAAGAAGGAAAACAGUCCUUCUCGUGUGGGGAAAGCAGUACUGUUUCACAUUGCGAUGAUAGACGGGCCGUGCCUAAAGUCUAUCUCCUUGUCUGACCGCCUGACCGUCCUUGCUCUCACGUAUCCCGGAUCAAGCAAACAUCCGCUUCCCUGUCUUAGACC